AUGCUGGACGACAUUGCCAACAAGAAAACGACGGCGGCGGAGUUGUUCAACUUGUACUUUGUACCGAUCGUCAACAUUGACGGGUACGACAUCUCGUACACCACCCCUUCUCCACCACCUGCCAGCACCAGCCACAUGCAGACCGCAUACUGGUUCGUUGUUCCCGAAGGCUCCCCCGGUCAUACGCUGGCAGACAGCCUCCCGAUCACAUGGCUCCUCACCGGGAAAAGAGUUUUCACGCGUGCUUUUUGGGGGUUUUACGCGUGUUAUGAAAAGUGGGGGAAUUACUCGUGUUUUCUCACUAACAACUUUAUGGAAUGGGAGGACUUGCGCGUGUAA